AUGGCUUUAAAAAUAGAGCUCGAAUCAAGUUUGGUGACAAAAAUUAAUUUUAAUCAUUGGAUGGAAAUGGCAAUCAACAAUGAGAGAUUAGAUAUGGUUGAAUCGAUUGAUCAAAUGGUCAAUCUUUAUGGAUACUCUUUAAAACCAACACUAUUAUCACAAUUUUUCUAUUUCGAACCAAAAUCUAAAUCAAUUAAAUCAAUGAUGAUCAUUGAAUCAUAUUCAUGUAUCUCUUUAAUCAAGGAUACAAAAAAUGUAUUUAGAGAUUGUUUAUUUUAUGGAUUAUAUGAACCUGCUAAAAUAGUUUAUGGUAUCUUGACAGGUUGUGAUCAAAUAGCAGAACCAAAUACUUUAACGAAAACAUAUAUUGCAAUGCAAAAUUUGCUAUCGAUAUAUAAUAGAAUUGGAUUUCAAUACGUAUGGCUUUAUGAAAAUGUUCAACUUGAUUGUCAUCAUCAAUCGAAAGUAUUCAAGACACAUGAAGAACUACGAUCAUUAAAGGUAUUUCAUCCAACGGAUUCUGGGGAAGGACGAUGUCGUAUUGUUAUUGAUUUUAACGAAAAGAAAAGUGUUGUUGAUAGACAAGUAGAAAAGGUCAGAAGAAUCAUUCAACAAUCUAAAUUGAUCACUAGUUUAUAUCUUUCCUUUAGGAUGGAUGAAAAGACAAUUGAACAAGUGAGACCAAUAAUGAACUUAGUCUAUCAAGAUCUAAAAGAGAAUACAACCAUCACAGAGUAUUCUUUCUAUCAACCAUUAUUUGCAAGAAUGGUCUAUGCAGAGAGACCAAGUACAAGAUUCUUCAUCUCUUCCAUCGAUAAUGUAUCUCCACAGGCACAAGAACCAAACAAUCAAGCAGUGGUUAAUUCAUUGGUCAAAAAUGGUCCAGAAACACAGAAAGAGAAAGAAAUCGAACAGAUACCUAACGAAAUUGAUGAAGACAAAGAUAAUACAAUAGAAGAUCUUUCUCAAAAUAUGAAUUCUCUUCGUAUUGAUCAAGAAUUUGAAUACUAUCUGACCAAGAGGAACUUUUUUUUAAUGAAGUAUGAAAGAGCAAACAGCAAGUAUCAAGCUCUCCUUGAAAAAAAGGCAGCCCAAUAA